AUGCAGACUACGCCAAAAAGCACGGCAUGCAGACUCGGUUCGCGCGAGAGGCCCAUGUCAAGGAAUACAACUUGGGUGAGUGCGCCUUCCGGAGCGAGUGUAAAGACCAGGACCUGCAGACCUUGGCGGAGCUCGACGACGAGGCCAUCUCGUUCGUCCAUUAUACUCGAAAGAUGGUUGCUGAACAUAAGGUUGUGGGCCAAAGAGAUUUACGAGGACGAGUACUAUUAUGGGAGCCAGCUCUUCGAGCACAACUGGCAACCCCGGACCAUGGCCUAG